AUGUCUUCUUCGACAUCAUCAGUGGAAUCAGUCGAAGAUGAGAGUUGCUCCAACGAGUGCUCAGCCUCGUUCACAUUUGACACCAACAACAACAGUCGUGGCGACCAACAAGUGGAUGAGCUUGCCGAGGAAACUCACAUGAAGUUGAGCAUCACGCCAACGCGUGAAUCCUUCUCAUUGAGCCAGUUGGAACGUAUUGUAACAAUUGGAAAAGGGACUUUCGGACGUGUCGAAUUGGCUCGGGACAAGAUUAGUGGAGCACAUUAUGCGCUGAAAGUGCUCAAUAUUCGUCGUGUCGUUGACAUGCGUCAAACUCAACACGUUCAUAACGAGAAGCGUGUUCUUCUUCAGUUGAAGCAUCCGUUCAUUGUAAAAAUGUACGCUUCAGAAAAGGACAGCAACAACUUGUACAUGAUUAUGGAGUUCGUUCCAGGAGGUGAAAUGUUUUCGUACCUCAGAGCAUCGAGAUCCUUCUCCAACUCAAUGGCCCGCUUCUACGCUUCAGAGAUCGUGUGUGCUUUGGAGUACAUUCACUCCCUCGGAAUUGUCUACCGAGACUUAAAACCAGAAAACUUGAUGCUCAGCAAAGAAGGCCACAUCAAAAUGGCUGAUUUCGGAUUUGCGAAAGAACUCCGCGACAGAACCUACACAAUCUGUGGAACUCCGGACUACCUUGCACCAGAGUCUCUGGCCAGAACUGGUCACAACAAGGGUGUCGACUGGUGGGCGUUGGGAAUUCUGAUCUAUGAGAUGAUGGUUGGAAAGCCACCAUUCCGUGGAAAGACCACCGCCGAAAUCUACGAUUCGAUUAUCGAGCAUAAACUCAAAUUUCCAAGAAGCUUCAAUCUUGCCGCAAAAGAUCUCGUCAAAAAACUGCUGGAGGUUGAUAGAACCCAGCGCAUCGGGUGCAUGAAGAAUGGCACACAAGAUGUCAAGGACCAUAAAUGGUUCGAGAAGGUCAAUUGGGAUGAUACCCUUCAUCUGAGAGUUGAGGUAAAAAAAUUGAUUGGAAUUUUUUUAAUUCCAAUUUUUCAGCCACCAAUCGUUCCAACAUUGUAUCAUCCAGGAGAUACGGGAAACUUCGAUGACUACGAAGAAGACACAACCGGUGGACCAUUGUGUAGUCAACGUGAACGCGAUCUUUUUGCCGAGUGGUAA